AUGAAUAACAAUUUCUUCAACGAAUUUGAAAAUAAUGUAACACGAGGUAUUCAAUUGCUAUUCUGCUAUUUCCAUUACGAUUUACAUUCUAAUUGUCAACCUCAACAAAAAAAAAUUGAAAUACAAAAAUAUGGUGGCGUUCCGAUUACUAUUCCAACAUAUAUUAAAUCAGAAACAGUUCUUCGACAAACUAGUGUCAAUGAACUUGGUUCAUUAAUAAGAUAA